CGCCGCCCCAGCCUCCUCCUCCUGGUGAGGGUGUGCGAGGCAGACCGAGCGAGGGGGACCGAGCGGGCGGGCGCUGCCAGAGCCCGCAGCCCUGGCGCCCGCCGCCGCCGCCGCCCGGACCUCCGCCGCAAUAUGCCGCCGCGGCCCUCUGGCUCUCGGCCAUGGCGAGGCUCAGCCGGCGCGUCCCUUGCACCCUGCUCCUCGGCCUGGCCGCGGUGCUGCUGAAGGCGAGGCUGGUCCCUGCGGCCGCCAGAGCUGAGCUCAGCCGCUCCGACCUCAGCCUCAUCCAGCAGCAGCAGCAGGAGCAGCAGCAGCAACGGCAGCAGCAACGGCAGCGGGAAGAAGCUGAGGAGGAGAGGCCAGAGGUGCCCGGGGCAUCCUCUACCGUCACUGCUCCCGUGUCUGUAUUUAUGCUGAAAGUCCAGGUGAAUGACAUCAUCAGUCGUCAGUACCUGAGUCAAGCAGUUGUAGAAGUGUUUGUAAACUACACGAAGACAAAUUCCACAGUAACUAGAAACAAUGGAGCAGUGUUGAUAAGAGUACCCUACAAGUUAGGACUCAGCCUAACCAUUAUUGCUUACAAAGAUGGCUAUGUGUUGACACCUCUGCCUUGGAAGACUGGAAGAAUGCCAAUAUAUUCAUCAGUUACACUUUCACUGUUCCCGCAAAGCCAAGCAAAUAUAUGGCUAUUUGAAGACACUGUUUUAAUUACUGGAAAAUUAGCUGAUGCCAAAUCUCAACCAAGUGUUCAGUUUUCAAAAGCCUUAAUUAGACUACCCAACAGCCAUCACAUUAGCAACGUUACAGGCUACCUUACAGUCCUACAACAGUUUUUGAAAGUGGAUAAUUUUCUGUAUACGACUGGAAUUACUCUCAAUAAGUCAGGUUUUGAAGGCAAUGAACUGACUCCUCUUGCUGCAAUAUGUGUGAAAAUAUAUUCUGGAGGAAAAGAAUUAAAGGUGGAUGGCUCUAUUCAAAUUUCUCUCCCACUUCUACGUACAAAUGGUGUAAGUGCAGGGGAUCACAUACCUGCCUGGACGUUUGAUAUGGACACAGGUGCUUGGGUAAAUCAUGGCCGGGGAAUGGUCAAGGAAUAUAACAAUCAUUUAAUUUGGUCAUACGAGGCACCUCAUUUGGGCUACUGGAUAGCAGCUCCACUUCCAGGAACUAGAGGGUCAGGUAUAAAUGGAGAUUCAAAGGACAUAACUGCCUACCACACAGUGUUUCUUUCAGCCAUAUUAGGAGGAACAAUAGUCAUUGUCAUUGGAUUUUUUGCUGUACUUCUUUGUUAUUGCAGGGAUAAGUGUGGUACUCCACAGAAAAGAGAAAGAAAUAUCACUAAACUUGAGGUCCUCAAGAGAGACCAGACAACUUCAACAACUCACAUAAAUCACAUCAGUUCAGUCAAAGUUGCAUUAAAAACUGAGGACAAGUCACAGUUAUUCAGUGCCAAAAGCUCCUCGUACAACCCUCAGAAAAAGGAACCAUCAAAGGUAGAAGCAGAAGAAAGAGUUUCCAUGGUGAAAACUCGGGACAGUUUAAAAAUCUACAAUGAAGAUGUUUCAUUUCUGUCAGUCAAUCAAAAUAAUUACUCAAGAAACCCAGCUCAGUCUUUGGAGCCCAAUGUAGGGUCCAAACAACCUAAACAUAUUAACAACAAUAUAUCUUCAUCUCUGGGUGAUGCCCAAGAGGAAAAGAGGUAUCUCACAGGUAGUGAAGAUGUGUUUGGGCAUUCUCACAUUCCAGAGCAGCUUAUGCAUAUCUACAGCCAGCCCAUCGCCAUCCUGCAAACAUCUGACCUCUUCUCCACUCCAGAGCAGUUACAUACUGCCAAGUCAGCUACUUUGCCAAGAAAGGGACAGUUAGUCUAUGGCCAAUUGAUGGAACCAGUAAAUAGAGAGAACUUUACACAGACAUUGCCCAAAAUGCCAAUGCAUUCUCAUGUACAGCCUCCAGAUGCCAGGGAAGAGAAUAUCCCGCUCGAAGGUCAACAGAGCUUGCCAUCCCAAACUUCAGAUUGGAGCCGGUACUCAAACAGCCUACUAGAAUCUGUUUCUGUUCCUGGAACACUAAAUGAAGCUGUUGUAAUGACUCCCUUUUCAUCAGAGCUUCAAGGAAUUUCAGAACAGACCCUCCUAGAACUGUCCAAAGGAAAGCCCUCCCCCCAUCCCAGAGCCUGGUUUGUGUCUCUUGAUGGAAAGCCAGUCGCACAAGUGAGGCACUCCUUCAUAGACCUGAAAAAGGGCAAGAGAGCCCAGAGCAACGACACGAGUCUGGACUCUGGGGUGGACAUGAAUGAGCACCACUCAAGCAGAAAACUGGAGAGGGAAAAAACGUUCAUCAAAAGUAUGCAUCAGCCUAAGAUCCUUUACUUAGAAGAUUUAGACCUGAGCAGUAGUGAGAGUGGAACCACUGUCUGCUCUCCCGAGGACCCAGCUUUAAGGCACUUCCUAGAUGGAGGGAGUGGAGCCAUCAUGGAGCACCCUGGGGAAGAGUCCCCAGGAAGAAAAAGCACCGUGGAAGAUUUUGAAGCCAAUAUAUCCCCCACUAAAAAAAGGGGAAGACCACCACUAGUCAAAAAAGAUAGCAAGACUAAUAUCUGGAAGAAGCGAGAGGAACGCCCACUGCUUCCCAUCAAUUAACACCAAGAGUGGUUGUGUCUCUGCUGUCUCGUGCUGUUUAUUCUUGCUUGUUGUUGUAAACUGCCGUAUGAACUUCUGCAGAAGUUGAGACUGAGCAAUCUCAUGGUCCCUGGACAUGUCUCAAGCAGAGUAAAUAGUAAAAUGGUAAUUCAGUAGUGAGAGAAAGAUACCAAGGAAUGCUUUUUCUGGCCUAUUCUUUUCAUUUAUUUUUGGGUGAUGAAUUUGAAGUAUCCAAGCAUUCAAAAUGUAAAAUAGCUUCAAGAUGUUAGUUAUCCAAAAAUGUUGCUCAGUCAGCAAUUUGAGUCCUGACUCUGAAGAAUAACAGUGAAAAGCGUACUCCUAAAGUUGCUUCCAAAAAUGUUGCUUCUGCUUUGAUGACUACCCCUGUGAAAUGUUUAGAAAUGAAACUGUAUUCUUCAGGCAUCAUAUUCUUGUGAAAUGUUACUAUUAUGUUCUCCACUGCCUAUACUUGCAAAUAACUUGAUAAAUAUUCUGGAUUGAUGUUAUUCUAGAGUUCAAAGGCCAAACCUCAUUUUCUUUCUUUUUUAAACAGCAUGUAUAUUGUUAUCAAACCAAAAGUAAAUUCCAUACUCACAUAAGAUGGGCAAGAAGCUACUUGGUUGUUAGAGAGGGAAAUGCCAGCUCUUUGGUUGUUUUUGGAUACACUGUCACAGAAUAAAAAGGUGUUAGUUUAUUUAGAAAUCUGAGAAAUGAAUGCCCUGAUACUGAAUUUUUAUUUAAAAAUUUCUUAACCCCUUCCCCAUCACCAGAAGUGAAGUGAACUUAGCUGUCAAGGAAAACUUUUUACCAAUCUAAAAAAAAAAAAAAAAACCCAAACAUUCCUCCUCCUCCCCAA